GUUUUUUUCUUCUGCCUUCAGUCGUAUUUUCAUUUUGCAAUGCCGCAGAACGAGUACAUUGAGCAGGCGCGCAAGCGUCACGGCUACCGCAUGGACCACUUUGAGCGCUUGCGAAAGCGCGAGGCUCGUGAAGGCCACAAUCGCUCCGAGUAUGCACAGAACGUCACUGGUCUCAAGGCCAAGCUGUACAACAAGAAGCGCCACACCGAGAAGAUUGAAAUGAAAAAGACAAUCAAAAUGCACCAGGAGCGAUCCAACAAGCAAAAGGACGACUCGGCUGUGCCGCAGGGUGCCGUGCCGGCGUACUUGCUCGACCGCGAGGGCCAGUCCCGUGCCAAGGUGUUGUCAAACAUGGUCAAACAAAAGCGAAAGGAGAAGGCAGGCAAGUGGGAUGUGCCAUUGCCGAAGGUGCGCGGUAUCGGCGAGAGCGAGGUCUUCCGAGUGGUCAAGACUGGCAAGCGCAAGAUUAAGGGCUGGAAGCGCAUGGUCACCAAAGCAACGUUUGUUGGCGAGGGCUUUACCCGCAAGCCGCCAAAGUACGAGCGUUUCAUUCGACCCAUGGGUCUUCGAUUCAAGAAGGCGCACGUCACACACCCCGAGCUUAGUGCCACUUUCUGUCUCCCGAUUGUCGGUGUCAAGAAGAAUCCGCAGUCGCCCCUUUACACACAACUUGGCGUUAUCACUAAGGGUACCAUCAUUGAAGUUAAUGUCAGCGAGCUCGGUCUUGUCACACAAAACGGCAAGGUUGUCUGGGGCAAGUACGCCCAAGUUACAAACAAUCCCGAGAACGAUGGCUGCAUCAACGCCGUUCUGCUUGUCUAACGUUGUCAGGCAGUGUGUUGCUGCAUGCACAUCUUAUUCCCGGAAUUCUCGCGUAAAUUUGCUUGUUCAUUGGUGGUCUUUUGUCGUGUGAUUUGUGAAAUGCUAGUAAAAGAACAAAAAACAAGAAGAAAACGAAAACGAAAAAACCCCAAAGCUCAAAAC